AUGACCUCAGCGAUUCAGCUAAUGAAGCCGCCUCCAUUACGAAUAUUUCAGUUUGAUAUUCAAGCGAAUCUGUCAUUUCUCUUGCUCUACUUCGCUGUGUUUUUUGUUCAUAGACUUCCCCCCCAUGUAACGACUGUCAAUUAUUCCGGAAAUGCUACAGGAAUCUCUUCUGAGAUCUUCUGCAUGUUGAGGUUGCUAAAGUACGUUUCUAGGUCCAGGCCCUCCCCCGAACACACCUUUUUCAAGACGCUUCGCAAGCACCCCACACCGUCCACAUACCUCUCCUUGCCAGGAAUGCGACCUGAUAGGAUGCAGGUCGUCGCGCUCACCACGGUUGCACAACAACUUGUUACUCACGCCAUGCAAGCCCACUUCCAGGAUCAUCGUGGGUCAAGAGCAGAAAUUUCACGACCCUCUCAUCCACAGCGCACAUUCGACCUCUCUCAUUCAUUCCAAUCCAUCGCAAUGUUGAAAAAGAAAGAGCAUCCGCUUUCACUAUCGAAAUUACAGGAGUGUAGGGUCCCCUUCGGGACAGGGAACACUUCAAUAUCCAAUGCAGCUUCAGAACCGUUUAAGCAACGGACCGUACCGAAGCGCGAUAACCCCCUUGGCGCUAAGGCGGUCUCUCUUUCAUUAUCGCAGGAUUCCAAUUGGGAGCCAGUUUCAGCUCUCCUCGAGAGCAUGCACAAGCGAUUGCUCCAUUUUGCACAAAGACUAUCUCACUCUGGCGCUUGUCCAUUAUCAUGUUCAAAUGCAGGAACAGCAGCCGUUGUUGAAGAUCAUAGCAGAAACGAAAGGAACUACGAUAUACUCCAUGUCCCAGAACCUCCCAACCUGGCAGGUACUGAGACCGGUACUUUCUGGGUUGUCUCUAGCUUUGGCCCGGCUCAAAGAGGACGACGAAUCUACUCCACGGACCGCUCACACAGUUCUGCAUUUCCUUACGAGCCACGCUACAACACAAUUCCGGAGGUUCCACUAAGAGGAACCCGCUAUCAUUCCGCCCGCGGACUUGCCUUUCAAGUGUUGCAGGAGCGCUCCAGUGUCAACCUCAGCCUUGCAGCUGCGUGUGGGGCAGCAGUUCACCCGUUUUGUGGUGUCUUAGAGACACUUGCAUUAGAGAGUAAUGGUAAGAUCAUUCCGCUUGGAUAUCGCGGUCUUUAUCAACACCAAAUCAAUGACGUUUACCCCAAUUUAUCCCUAACUUCAUGGCAUGCCGUGCAGGAGGACGUGAAUGUCAUCGAGUGCUUAUUGAAAUUGGUGGGUUCAACCAUCUAG